GAAACUCCCUUACUACGCAGAAAAAUAAACAGAUGCGAAAGUAAUAUUUUGUAGACGCUUGUGAAUUGUUGUGUACUUACAUCUGAAAGCAUCUUUUGUGUCAGUGUUGCCCAAUUAAACAUUUGCAAGAUGAGCCUGGAAGGGUGUGCCAAAGUCAUCAAGUAUAUGGUGUUCUGUUUUAAUCUUGUAUUCUGGAUUGUAGGAUGUUCCAUAUUGGCUAUCGGCAUUUACGUAAGGCUCUCCGAUGGAGAAUAUGCCGUUUUAACUGAAAGUAUACCAUUUGCUAAUGUGUCUAAUCUUAUGAUAGCUGUUGGUGCCAUCAUCACAAUUAUUGGAUUUGUUGGCUGUGUUGGUGCAUGGAAAGAAAACAAGUGUCUAUUGAUGACAUUCUUCAUCUUGCUACUGAUUAUUUUUUUGAUGGAGAUUGUCAUUGGUGUCCUAGGAUACAUCUACAGAAACGAGAAUAUGCCCGGGAUAAAUGCUUGGUAUCCCAGGAUAUAUGCUUGGUAUCCCAGGAUAUAUGCUUGGUAUCCCAGGAUAUAUGCUUGGUAUCCCAGGAUAUAUGCUUCGUAUCCCAGGAUAUAUGCUUGGUAUCCCAGGAUAAAUGCUUGGUAUCCCAGGAUAUAUGCUUGGUAUCCCAGGAUAUAUGCUUUGUAUCCCAGGAUAUAUGCUUGGUAUCCCAGGAUAUGUGCUUGGUAUCCCAGGAUAUAUGCUUCGUAUCCCAGGAUAUGUGCUUGGUAUCCCAGGAUAUGUGCUUGGUAUCCAGGAUAUGUGCUUGGUAUCCCAGGAUAUAUGCUUGGUAUCCAGGAUAUAUGCUUGGUAUCCAGGAUAUGUGCUUGGUAUCCCAGGAUAUGUGCUUGGUAUCCAGGAUAUAUGCUUUGUAUCCCAGGAUAUAUGCUUGGUAUCCCAGGAUAUGUGCUUGGUAUCCCAGGAUAUGUGCUUGGUAUCCCAGGAUAUAUGCUUGGUAUCCAGGAUAUAUGCUUGGUAUCUCAGGAUAUAUGCUUGGUAUCCAGGAUAUACGCUUGGUAUCCCAGGGUAUAUGCUUGGUAUCCAGGAUAUGUGCUUGGUAUCCCAGGAUAUAUGCUUGGUAUCCAGGAUAUAUGCUUGGUAUCCAGGAUAUAUGCUUGGUAUCCCAGGAUAUAUGCUUGGUAUCCCAGGAUAUAUGCUUGGUAUCCAGGAUAUACGCUUGGUAUCCCAGGGUAUAUGCUUGGUAUCCAGGAUAUGUGCUUGGUAUCCCAGGAUAUAUGCUUGGUAUCCAGGAUAUAUGCUUGGUAUCCCAGGAUAUAUGCUUGGUAUCCAGGAUAUAUGCUUGGUAUCCCAGGAUAUAUGCUUGGUAUCCCAGGAUAUAUGCUUGGUAUCCCAGGAUAUGUGCUUGGUAUCCCAGGAUAUAUGCUUGGUAUCCCAGGAUAUAUGCUUGGUAUCCCAGGAUAUAUGCUUGGUAUCCAGGAUAUACGCUUGGUAUCCCAGGGUAUAUGCUUGGUAUCCAGGAUAUGUGCUUGGUAUCCAGGAUAUGUGCUUGGUAUCCCAGGAUAUGUGCUUGGUAUCCCAGGAUUUAGGCUUGGUAUCCCAGGAUAUGUGCUUGGUAUCCCUGGAUAUAUGCUUGGUAUCCCAGGGUAUAUGCUUGGUAUCCCAGGGUAUAUGCUUGGCAUCCCAGGAUAUGUGCUUGGUAUUCCAGAAUAUAUAGGCUUGGAAAAGUGUUGUGGAGUGUAUAAUUACACUGAUUGGUGGGUUGCCAAUCCCAGCUGGAAUUUAACAAAAUUGCCUGAUUCUUGCUGUGUUAAACAUACAAUUGGUUGUGGCACAUUUACACCAGAAUCUUUUUCUGUUGGUGAUUUCUCAGAUGUCGGAUGUGGAAAUGCAUUGCAAACAAUCAUUGAGAGUAACUUGUACCUGAUUGGUGGAGUUGCCAUUGCUGUUGCAGUUAUACAGUUAUUGGGAUUGAUCUUUUCUCUGGCUCUCUUCUGUGAAGUCAGGAAAGAAGGAAAAUAUGUUUAAAUAUCAAGGAAUGAUGGAUCAAAUCAUAACAUGCAUUUGUAAUCAGUUUUUUUAAAGUACUGUUUUCUUUAAUGUUCUUCUCUUUAUUUCCCCAUAAACAGAAUAUUUGUUAAAAUGCAUAUAAUUUGGUGUUUAAUAUUUUCUGUAAGUCAUACAUGUAUAUCAAUGCAAGACUGAGAAAUUUGAUUUUUAAGUUUGUUUCAAAUAAGAAGCUAAGCACAAUUGAUUCGCAGGUAACUGAACAUGAACGCUGCUAGAAAGAAAUUGAAGUAUUCUUGUAUUUAAGCUAAGUUGACAGGUUGCUUCUGCAUUGAUAUAUUGUUUGAAAAACAUAGUGGAACCCAAAUUAAAAGUAGGUAAUUAUUAAUUACUGAAAAUUUAUUGAGUUUUAGAAUGAAAUGGAUAUUUUUGUAUUAGCUUUUCUCAGAUUGUAUUUGUUUGUACUGAUGAUAGUGUUUAGUUUCUUCAUACAUGUGUAUUUGUGAAGAAAACAGAGGAUUUUAUUUGUAAAUGAGUCUAUUGCUUUAGAUAGGUAAUCAUGAAUAGUCAUUGUUUGGACCAGUAGUUGAAUAUUCUGGUCCACAAUAUUGAUUUCACAAUUGUUUUUUUCUAAUGCUGAAGUUGUGCAUCGCAUUUUCUGUACUGGAAGCAAUAAUAUUAUCCCUGAUAUAUUCUUGUUUGAUGUGUUUUUAUUUGGUAAAAAUUUGUGACGAGUUGGCCCACAAAUGGCUGAUUUGAUAUCAAUCUUGUUUCAAAAAAUUCAAAUUAAGUUUAAUAAGUUCAGUUAAAGUAUAGGAAGAAGUUUGAAAUGCUUUCCAAGAACAAAAUUAAGCAGUGACAUGAUUAUGCCUUUCGAUUUACCUCAUUAUCACACUACCGGUACAUUCUUUAUCAAAAUUCACCAAUUUUUAAUUUGUAUAUCCAUUCAAAUAUUCAAAAAAACAUUCAUAUUGAGAAAUCUUCAAUGACUAAUUGAUUUACCUGCAAUGUUUUUCCGUUAUUUCAUGACCUUUUACAUGAAUACCUAAUUAUGAAUAUAAAUAUGGUAAUCAUUCAGGUUUUGUGAGGCUGAAAACAUAUCUCUGACUUGUAUCAUCCAUUUGAACUUUUCUAGAUAUUGUGAUGUGUAAUACUCUUUUUACAUCUGACAUUAUUUUAAUGUUCUUGCUAUUUUGGUUUUUUUUUCUUUUUUUAUAUUGAAAAUACUAAGUUAUAUUUUUUAUUCAUUUUUCUAUAGCAACAAAAUGGUGUAUUAAUACGGUAUGUGUAUGAAUGUGUAUGUGUAUGAAUGUUUAAUUCGGAAUCACAAAUGAGCUGCUCCAAAUGUAUCAUUAAUUUGUUGCAUCUAGAGAAGUAUUAUGUUUCUCAAUCAGCUAUUGUUUGUUUGUUUACGUGCACAUUGUUUUACCACUUCUUGGAAAAUAUUUAAAAUUUAUCACCGAGUAUAAAAUCUUUUCUAAUCUAUUUUAAUGGUUCUUUACUGUAUAUUACCAAUUCUGUACUUUUAUCACCUUUAGUUGUAUAAUAAAAUGGUUGUUGAAUGUAAA